CCAUAACAUCAGUUACCACUUCGAGCUACUUUCUUCAUACAUUCAAGAAUUUGAUAAGCUGGAAUUAUUGGAAGAUAUCAGACUCAAAUUUAUGAUGAAACAAUUGACUGCAUACCAUCAGACUAUACUCAGAAUUCAUUCGAGCUUCGACGAGCACUGUCGAUUUCUAAUAUUUGGCUUCAGUUUUGCUGUUACAUUCCAAGCUUGUACGUACAUCUACAGCAUUGUGGAGAUGAGAGAAUCAAAAUAUGUCAUCCAGCUAUCUUUUGCGUUGGUUCUGCUUUACGCGUUCUCUAUAUACGGACAAAAAAUUGUUGAUGCGGGCGAACUUGUGAAUCAAUCAAUUUACGAAUGCAACUGGACUGAGAAGCCUUUGUGGUAUAAGAAACACUUAUUGAUCAUGCUUAUUCGAUCAUCUCAAAGUAUUGAAUUCCAUUGUUUUGAAUUGGUGUCAGUGAAGAACACAUUUUUCAUGAAGGUGCUGCAAACGACUUAUACGUACUUCAAUUUCCUGAAAGAUACCAACAAAUGAUGUUUCUCCAUUAGAUGAUGCGCCGUUACAUAGAAAC